CAGACUGUAAAGAUCAGAACAGCAGAUAAUUACAUUCUCAUAAGAAAGAGAGAAGGAGAGAGAGAGAGAGAGAGACAGACAGUAAGAGAGAGAGCGAGUGAGGGAGAGGGAGAGAGAUUAUAAAUGUGAACCUGAGCAAUAAUAUUGGAGACCUAGAGUUCCAUUAGAGUUUGACAGACUGCUAUUCUGAGUGAGAGACACUGUAACCAGGCAAUGGAUUGUGCAGCAAUGGAUCUAACUCAUGGAGCAGAGAGACAGAGUGGACCCCCAGUGUUGCCUAUCAAACAGCGCAGAAGUCUCUACUCGCGAGGCUCUAGUGUGGGUUCCAGUGUGGACCUGGAGUUGGAUGGGAGUGUCUCUAGCCCAUUGGGACCCCAUCAGCACCAGGGCUCUACCUGCACAGAUGUGUUCUCUGCAGCCACUGAUUGCCAUGCACUAAAGUGUCCCAUACACCAGCGCUAUGACCCCUCUUACUGUCAUCAAGAGAGGUUUUUCUCAGAUAGCACCACCCCACCACCAGUGCCCAAGAAGAGGCUGGCUCGGACCCUGUCCCUACCAGGGGCCUAUCUGUGUCCCCUUUCCCCACUACCCUGCAGUCACCAAAACUAUGACAACCCUCUCUACAUGUUGGUCCCCAUCACAGGCACUCAGCCCCAUGUAGAGAGAAACGAAGAAAGACAAGUCCAGAAAAGCCCUCUCCACUUGCAGCCCCUAUCUCAACUGGACUUCGAUACACCUGACGAACAGCUUACCUACUUCUUCAGCAGUUUCUACAACCAGGGGGACAUUUCUCAAGGCAUUCAGCAUCGCCACCUACUAUUCCUGAGGAGUGUGGCACAGCGCAUGGAGGCUGGGGUUCUCCUGAUGAGAGAGUCCAGUGAAGGCAUUGGUGCAUUUCAGCCCCAAGAUUUUCUGCUGUGUGAAAACUACCAGUCCAAGCAGAUAGCAGGUUCACUGUACUACCGCCUGCAUAGCCCAAAGUUUCCAGGGAGGAUGCUCGCAGCUAAGGUAAACAUUGAACUUGGCCCCUUGUCUCAACCUACCUCAGUGCCGCCCAAUGUCAACAUCCAGCAGGUCAUUGCAUCUUUCCCAUCAUGCCCAGCACAAGAGAAAGAACUUGGAACCAAAAACACAAUCACUUCAGACUCCUCACAGUCUGAUCAAACAAUGACAGAAUCACCAGAUGGGAGCAGAAUUGAGGCAGAUAAAAGUCAAGCGGAGUCUGGGGAGAGCAGUGGGCCUACAGUUGUUUCACUAUUGCUCAAGGGAUAUGCAGUGACUAUUGAGAGAGACUUACCACAGGCUACUUUGGAAGACUUUGUACAAGAGGGAAGGUUCAUGCAGAGCUUUAAACCACUAGUGUAUGAGAGGCGACUGAGUAUUCUGCUGCUACAGUUAGCCUUUGGGUUACAACACCUGUGCAGUAAUGCAGCCACCUGUCCUGUGCUGAAGGCUCAAGGCAUCUUACUGGUAUGGCCGAUGGAGAGGGGGGGGGGGACAGAGGCAGACAAAGCAGAAGAAAGUGGAAGAAGUGAAGAAAUUGAGUUAUUGGAGAAUGAAAAGGAAAAGAUAAAGGGAGAGAUUCAGGAGCUAUGGAGAAAGUGUGGAACCCCUCGUGUGGCAUUGACCAAUCACCCCAGUCACAGUGACCCCAGUCUCUUUCAACCUGCUCAUGCUGCUCCAUCCAUACAGUCUCAGUUCGGAGCGUUGCUAAAGUACUGCCUGUACCUCCCUGACAAUGCUUCCUCUCAACAUACAAAGAGUUCAGAUGGCGUUAUCCAGAGCUCCCCAUAUCUACCAGGGCUUCUCCAGCUAGCCUCCUGGCUUCAGGAUGGGGGUAGUGGGCUACAGAUAGCAGACGUAGUGGGGGUCCUGCAGGCUCUGCUCUGGGGUCCACGUGCUGAGCUCUUCAGGGUAAAUCCCACUGUGCCUUCCACUCUGCACAACUGGCUGUCAGUCAAGCAGGCCCUCAUGUUGCUGAAGCUGGCAGAGAGAGGGCUGAUCCAGGACCUGCCCAGUCUGGACUGGGAGCACUGCCUGUGUCUACAGUACCUGUCCUUCACUGACUCUGAGACAGUGAUGAGGACCACGGCACUACUAGGCCUCCACAACACAGUGGACUGGAAGUUGUGAUUACUCGUGUCUGUUUCAUAUCUGUUCAUUGAAGUCCACUCCCCCCCCCGGUUGCACGUUUUGUUUUUUGCCCUAGCACCACACAGCUGAUAAAAAUAACUCAUCAAGCUUUGAUUAUUUGAAUCAGACGUGGUGCUAGGGCAAAAAACUAAACGUGCACCCAGGUGGGGCCCCAGGACAGAGUUCGGGAAACCCUGCUCUAAUCGAAUGUACAAUGUGGAAGAUUUUAAACUUUGUUGACAGAAUCUAUCUAGAACAGGGGUGUCAAACUCAUUUUAGCUCAGGGACCACAUGGAGGAAAAUCUAUUCCCAAGUGGGCCGG